ACUCCGCCGAGCCGCUGAACUCCGAGCCGGAAAUUGACACAGCUCCGACCAACAAAACCCGCCGCCUCGCCGGAAAAAACGGCCUCCGCCACCGCCCUACUCGCCAACGAUCUCUCACCAGAGACAUCGGUCACGUCGCCGCCGAAACCUACUUGGUCACUAGCCUCACAUUCACGCUUCUUCAGUAUCUCGGGAUUGGUUACCGCUGGAUUAAGCAAUUACUUGCCCUUGGAUGUUACGCCAUGCUUCUUAUGCCUGGAUUUCUACAAGUUGCAUACUAUUAUUACUUCACGAGCAAGGUAAAGCGAAGCAUUGUUUAUGGGGAUCAACCAAGAAACAGGUUGGAUUUGUAUCUACCGGCUGAUAUUGAUAAGCCCAAGCCAGUUUUGAUAUUUGUAACUGGAGGAGCAUGGAUUAUUGGGUAUAAAGCGUGGGGAUCCCUUUUAGGACUACAGUUGGCAGAAAGAGACAUUAUAGUGGCAUGCAUUGAUUACAGAAAUUUUCCUCAAGGAACAAUCAGUGACAUGGUAAAUGAUGCUUCUCAAGGAAUCUCUUUUGUCAUCAAUAACAUAACUAAUUAUGGAGGCGAUCCUAAUAGGAUAUAUUUGAUGGGGCAAUCUGCUGGUGCUCAUAUUUCUUCUUGUGCUUUACUGGAUCAAGCAAUCAAAGAAGUUGGAAAAGGAAAUAAAGUUUCUUGGAGCAUUUCCCAGCUAAAAGCUUAUUUUGGUUUAUCUGGAGGAUAUAACCUACUGGAAUUAGUUGAUCACUUCCACAAUCGUGGCUUGUAUCGUUCUAUUUUUCUAAGUAUCAUGGAAGGUGAAGAAUCUUUGAAGAUAUUUUCUCCUGAAAUCAAAAUUCAAGAUCCAUGCAUCAAAGAAUCUAUUCCUCUCUUGCCUCCUAUAUAUCUGUACCAUGGAACUGCUGACUAUUCCAUACCAUCAGUUGCAAGUGAACGGUUUGCCGAAGCUCUUAAGAAGGCAGGAGCAAGUGUUGAGCUGAUUCUCUAUGAUGGGAAAACUCAUACAGAUUUGUUCCUCCAAGAUCCGUUGCGAGGCGGCAAAGACGACCUAUUUGAUCAUGUAGUUUCUGUGAUACAUUCCAAUGACAAAGAUGCUGUUGCAAAGGGUACAACUGCAGCACCAAGAAGAAGAUUUGUUCCUGAGAUUUUAUUACAGAUGGCUCGCAAGAUCAGUCCCUUCUAAGCUUUGGUACCUUUCAGGGUCCUCAUCAUCUAUUGGCCUUUCUCUCAUUCAUCUUGUACUUGAUCGAAAGUAGGGGGUUUAAAAGAUCAAGAACUUAAUCCAAACCAGAAAUUAAAGCAUGCCCACCCUUAUUUGUUAUAGUGCUUGUUCAUGAAAUUCUCGUCUGCGUUUGUUGUAUUGUAUGUAACUAUGUAUAUACCUCAAUAUUUCAUUGAUUAACCAUACUUCUAGUGAGAAAUAGUUCGAGAUACCUUAUAAGUUUACUUCCUAUUUUAUUGAUUAACCAUAUUUCUUCAUGUUACAGUUGUAUUUACAUGUAUUUAUCACC